AUGUCCGAGAACCAAGCCCAGACUCCAGGCGACGCGUGGUUGUCAUUUACUCGGUCCCGGUUCAACGCGGACUCGCCCAAUGGUGUCGCACAUCGUGACCUUAGCGACAAACUUGACUCCGAGUUUACGGCCAUGGAACGCGCUAUGGUAGAGGCUCGCCGCCUGCGAAACCGUACCCGUCCUGCGUGUUAUGCUCCACCCGAGGUUCUGAGCCUCCUCUUUGAGGAAGUGAAGGCGAUUUGGGACCCAUACGUGCCGGAUUUGGGGGAGCCUCUGAGAUACGAGUCCGGUUGGAUCACUCUCACGCAUGUCUGCAGUCUCUGGAGGAAGGUUGCGCUCGAUACACCAGCUCUCUGGGCUCGACACUCAAACUGUUUUGAUUUGUCGCCACAGUACAUACCUGACAUUCUCUUUCGAUCUCGUAUGGUCCCGCUCGACAUCGAACUUGACUGGGAGAGAGCGGGUGGGAACGAGAUAGACAAGAUUCUACCUAUCUGGCUCUCAUCUCCGGUCGUUCAACGCAUCAGGCGUCUCACGCUCACACACUUCGAACGCGAAGAGUUCGACACGGCCUGCUCCCUUUUACCGUCGACUCUCACGAACCUUCGAGAAUUGCAUGUCUGGUCCUCCCUCUCCGGCGGUGACUCGGGUCGUCAACUACCAGCGGCCUUGUACGAACUCCCGAACGUCACUCACCUGACCCUCGUCGACUGCUAUAUACCUUGGGAAGCACCCAUUUUCUCGCAUAAUCUCACUCACCUCCACCUCCUAUCGACACCCGCGUCGACUGCCCCCUUCUAUAGGGUCGCGCGAGAUCUCUUCUCCCGUAUGACAUCCCUUCAGACACUCGAACUAAAUACCGAGGUCCCCAGUCCCGACCUGACCACUCCCUCAUCGAUCCGCCAACGCGAGAUCAAUUUCCCAGAGUCGCUGCGCGAACUGGAUCUCUACAUCAAGUCACCUGGCAUGGAGGACGGGACCACUUUCUUGUUGGCCAGUCGCAUCCCGGCGGCCUGCAGGCAGAAUAUUGUACUCUACAGUGGAAGGCGCAGGAAUUCCGCGUGGAAUGGUCCAUCAGGUAUCGCGCCACAUUUGCUAGAGCAGCAUUUCCUUGCGCUCUCUGCCGAGACAAGCAAGUCUCUGCUCUUAGAUACGACGGCCACGACGUCCGGACCCAUAGAGGCGAGCAUUCACAAGUACAACAAGCAGCACGCUCCGGCACUCGACAGGUUGUGUAUCAUGCAUUCCGACGUACGCAGACGACUGGUCAUGUCCAACAUCAACUUCUGCGAACACCUCCCCCACUUUCCUUUGGAUCGCUUGCACGUCAUUGCACUCGCGCCCCCCGCCGUCCAGCACUUUCACAACACGCGAUCCUGGUCGCAGUUGCUUCCUGCCUCGAACGUCUGUGAUGUCAGCAUACCCGACGCGCUUUGCUCCGAGGCGUUGCAAUCUCUCGCUGAGCCUCAUUCAUCGACGGACGACAAACCACCUUCUCUCGUGUUCCCUCGCAUGGGAGUGCUGCGGUUAUAUCUUCGCGGAGAUCGUGAGAUGGAGUACAUGGCUGUGGUCAUCGCCCUCGUAACGCUCAUCAACAAGAGGAUGGAGAGUGGGACACCCUUGCGCGAGCUGGUAGUGCCGAAGCAGUCGUCUGAUUGGGCUGUAUGGGGGACGGUGAGGCCGAAUGUCACCGUCAGAUUUGAGUUAUGA